UAUCAAUGAAGCGUGUGGUGGUUUAUCUACCCUAUAAUGUGAAUGAUUAGAAAUUGGCGUCCUUGAAUGUUUUCCUAGAAGCUUUUUAAUGCACUGCUCUAACGUAAAUAGCACAGUACUGUGUCUUCUUACCAGUAGCAACGGGAGGACGCCCUUUAAUGCAAUAAAUUCUGUUUUUAAGUUGUAAGGGAAGCUUGAAUACAUUUAGUUUUUCAAAUAACCGCGCCGAGAUAGAAGACACGCAGGGACCGUUUGCAGUUGAGAAGAUGCUGUGCGACGAGCAGACCGAGGACCUUGUGCUGUAUCCAUACCCUGAAGAGGAGGAUCACCUGUUUUCUAGCGAUGAUAAUGCUUUCACUGAAGGUAGCUCCCUUUCAGAGGCAUUGCUUACUUUAGUAGAGCCUUUGUCUGAGCAUACCCAGCAGCCUUUAACUUCCUGGCCCUGCUUUUUGCGUUAUAAGACGGAGCUAUGCAGCCGCUAUGCUGAAACUGGCAACUGUAAAUAUGCAAGGAAAUGUCAGUUUGCUCAUGGGCUACAAGAACUUCGUGUACCUUCACGCCACCCUAAGUACAAGACUGAGUUAUGCCGGUCAUUUCAUACUGCAGGCUUCUGCCAGUAUGGAGUUCGAUGCCUGUUUAUCCAUAAUCUAGAGGAAAGGAGAGAUCCUGAUGAGCAGAAGCAGCCCAUUAGCAAAUACAAGACAGAGCCAUGCCGCACAUUUCUCCUGUUUGGAAUCUGUCCCUAUGGAAGCCGCUGCAAUUUCAUUCAUGUAGAAGACAAUGGUGAGACAAGACCAGAAUUGCCUGCAGAGUCUCCAACUGCCUCUUCUUUCACCCCAGGUAAAGGGCGUCCCACAUAUCAAUCCUGGAAGAAUCGUCCAUCUGUAGCGUGUCGUAAUUUUGCUGCUUUUGGGUUCUGUUUGUAUGGAAACCGCUGUCGUUUUCAACACAAUCUGGAGAAAAGACAUUUGGAACUUAUCCCAACUGCAGAGUCCUCUGACUACUACUUGAAUUAUCCUUGCUUGAUUCAAACCCGUAGCCGAGCUGCAUCUCCGGCUUCGGAUGAGGCCUCAUCCACUUCAGUCACGCCUGAUUAUCGUGAUGAUAGCCCAUCUCCAGGUCCUGUUGACAAGCAAGCCAACAAUGCAUUCAGCUUUUCUGAUUUGCUGUUGCCCCUGUCAUGGAGACUACAGGACUUGGAGAAUGGGCAUCAAGGUUUAACCCCGGAGUCUGAUGUCUUUAAUCUUUAACACCAAAAAUUGUCUUCCUGGCCGUGCUUGCUGCUAUCUCUACAUUUUAGGCAUACUUGUUUAGGUUUGUAGCUGAAAGACCAAAUGGUGUCGUCGUCAAUUUCUACUUGGCUAAAUUUUUAUUUUCAUUGAAACGUAAUUUGUUGCAUGUGGGUUUUUUUAAUAUUUAUAUUUAAGUUUUAGUUUCUUACUAAAUAUUAGGUUGCUGGUCAUCCUGAUCUGUUUGUUGAUCACAUUCAUAUUAAUGUCAUCUUAAAGAGGAGUUUAAUAUCCUUGAUUACUGGAUUAUUUUUAUAUAUAUAUAUAUAUAUUUUUUUGACCUUUUGAAUUCAGAAACCAAAUUUGCCAAAUAACCUCUUCCACUUCUAGAGUGAACUGAUUUCCACCUAAUUUUUCAUUCAAGCCUAAUUAGCUGUGAUCACUGAACAGCAGACUUGUGAAUCCUGCCUAAUCCCUGCCACCAUGGAGAUGGAGGGGUUCCUGAAUGGCACAAAGGCUUAAAUUUGUGUUAGGGGAUGGAUACUUAAACUUUCAUUUUUAAAUGUAGGAUUUUAAUUUUGUUCUAGAAGCAUUUUAUCAAACCUGACCUUGGCUAUGGUUUGCUUAGAAAUGUGAAGCUGUUAACUGUGAAAUGCUUACAUGCAUCGGUGAUAGCUGACAAACUGCAGUCCAUAGUGUGUCCCACUUCCUUUUUAUAUGAAGUAUAGCCUUGCUGCUCUCUUAACCUUUUUACUUUAAGAUGUCUUCCAUGCUUGCUUCCCUCUCUUGAGAGAAUAAGUCAACCAGUGUGGAAAUGUGGCACAUUGUCAGAUAGUGACUGGCUGCUAAGUGUGCAAGGACUGGACUGCAAGUCACAUAGGAUGAAGUAAACUGUGAUUAACUCCACUGACUGUUUCAGAUCCUGGGUACUGGAGUUUGCAUGCACUCUGUAUAUACUGUAGAUAUAAAAUUUGAAUGGUUAAUACUAAGUUAAUUAUUUAUCUUGCAAAAUAUUGGGUGUUUAAUUCAGCUUACCCGAUUUAGAGUGCUCUUUUGUAUGGGUAAUUAUUUAUUUUUCACCUACUAAUAAACACAGUAAAUAAAGUGUGUUUUGCUUUUUGAAAA